CAAAAUAAUACACUUCAUAACGCCAUUCUGGCUUUCUGUCGUUAUCCUGGUAGGAUGGUUUUUAAUUUUGUGGUUUUUGAAGUAUGUGCCGUCGUCGCACUGGGAGUAUUGUGAUAGCGUGAACUUUAAUUAGUUGCAAUUUUAUUUUUUAAAAUUUAAGCGAUGUGAGCAUUCAUAUGCCAAUAUAAGACUGAUUUUACGCUUUGUCUCGUAUGUUCACAACGGCCAUUGAACUGCAGAACGAAAUCAAGAAUGUUAUUGAUGUUACGAAAUACAAAUUGCAUUUGUUGCAGUUCGUUUGUUAAUAUAAGGCUUUGAAAAUGGUGAAAAAAAGAAAUAGUGACUUCCGUCAAAAUCUGCAAUCAAGUAUGCCUGUUAAAGACUCUGUGUCAGUUAAGCAGGAAAUAAUAGAUGGUGUGGUUACAGGUUGAAGAAAACCAACGGAGACCCGGAAAAGAUGGUUACUCAAGGCAGAGUGGUUGGGGUCGAGAGUUGCGCAACCGUUUUGUCUUUAGCAGUAAUGACCAUAGCCGAAAUACUGGAGACAGCACAAUGCGCUCCAGAUAUUCGGAGCAAGAGAGCGCCAUCCCGCCACGUCGCCGCCACAUUCGGAGCUGUCGAGUGUCGGUGUCCUUGGACGAGCGGGGUCGAGUUUAUGAAGAGGAUGAGAUGAUGGAAGACUCUGAUGAUAUUGGCAUGUUCGAUGAUGGAGAUGACGAUAAUGAUGAUAUUUUUACACCAGUCAAACAGAGGGAAAGAGGGCAGCGACGCUCGAACCGUCGGCUGAGGUCCUCUCUGACCUUGGAGCACAAGCCGGGGCCGUCGCGAGCCGCCGGCCGAGGCCACGAGACUCGCUCGCGCACCAGGAUGAUGGGGGAGCAGGACGAAGACCUGGGCUGCCGGGACGGGGACUACGGCGAGGAGCUGGUGCGGCAGAUGAACGGCCACGACAGCAGCAUCGAGAAGCUGGUCGCCAACAACCACGAGUCUGAAGGGGUGCGACGCAGCACGCGGCAGCGGAAGCUCCUGUACGACAACUUCAACACCAGCUGGAUCCUGGGCACGCAGACGCUGCGAGGCUACCCCAUGUACCUGGCCGGCAAGGAGACGUCCCCGCACAAGGGCGGCGAGGGGGACUGCCCCGUCCCCUGCGACGACGUGCGGGUGGUGGACGAGGAGGGGGACGAUGGCAAGGACUCCGCCCUCAAGAAGCGUCGUCGCAUCGAGCAGCUGGAGCCCCCGCCCGUGGUCGACAAUACGUAUGAAGACAUGUAUUCACGUGUCAAGCGACCAAGACAACCAGUUCAGAGAUUGUUGUUCAACAGCCAACGGCCUAAAACUCGUUCUGGAAAGUUGUUGGAUACAGAUGACGAUGCCUCGGAUACCAGCAGUGACUCUACUUUUGGGAGGGACGCCUGCAGGGGUGGGUCCGUGCGCAGGCAGAAGUACCACCUGCGCAAGACGAAACCCAUCGUGGACAGGUUCCAGGCCAAUGUCGACCCUCCUCGCAGGUCGUCCCGCAUCCUCCGCUCCGUGCUGUGCAGCUCCGUCCGCCGCCACAGACACAGGAAGCUCUCCUCCUCUUCCAGCUCCAGUGACGAGCAUUUCGAGAAGACCACCAAGAGCAGGAACAGGUGCGUGCCUGUCAACUACAGUCCGUCAGGGCACUCGCGUCCCAGCGACAUAAAGAAGCUAGCCCCGACACUGGCUGAUGUGGAUCCCAUGGCCCUGGACAAGGACAUCUUGUUCAAGCACGUGGGCGGUCUGGAGAGCCACAUUCUGUGCCUCAAGGAGAUGGUGGUGUUCCCGAUCUUGUACCGCGAAAUCUUCGACAAGUUCCACAUCAAGCCACCUAAGGGCGUGCUUUUCCACGGCCCUCCAGGUACUGGUAAGACCUUGAUUGCCCGAGCGCUGGCCAAUGAGUGUAGUCAAGGAGACCGUAAGGUUUCGUUUUUCAUGAGGAAAGGUGCGGAUUGCUUGAGCAAGUGGGUCGGUGAGUCGGAGCGGCAGCUGCGUCUUCUGUUUGAUCAGGCGUACCAGAUGCGGCCUUCCAUUAUAUUUUUCGAUGAGAUAGACGGCCUGGCGCCUGUGCGCUCCACCAAGCAGGACCAAAUACAUGCGAGUAUAGUCUCCACGCUUCUUGCACUUAUGGACGGUAUCGACAACCGUGGAGAUGUGAUUGUGAUUGGUGCUACGAACCGCAUUGAUGCCAUCGACCCAGCCCUCAGGCGGCCUGGAAGGUUCGACAGGGAACUGUUCUUUCCUCUGCCAGCCAGAAAGGAGAGGCAGGAGAUCCUGCGGAUCCACGUGGACCAGUGGGAGAGCCCCCCCAGCCCCGUGCUCAUCGCCCAGCUGGCCGACCAGGCGGUGGGCUACUGCGGCUCGGACCUGCGGGCGCUGUGCACCGAGGCCGUGAUCCAGGCCCUGAAGCGCAGGUACCCGCAGAUCUACCGCUCCAGCCAGAAGCUGCUGCUCGACCCCGAUGCCGUCAAGGUGGAUCGGAGGGAUUUCAUUCGCGCCAAGUGCCACAUCGUGCCGGCCUCUCGUCGCGUGUCGCAGUCGCCGGGCCGCCGGCUGUCGUCCAUGCUGGAGCCUCUCCUCAAGUGCACCCUGGACUCUCUCACAACCAUCCUGAAGGAGAACUUCCCCCACGGAGUGUCGUCUCCCCACUCGCACUGGUCGCGGCGGCCGGUGCACCACGCGCGGCUGCUGCUGGCGGGCUCGAGCCCCGCGCAGGGCCAGACGCUGCACCUGGGUCCGGCGCUGCUGCACCGCAUGGAGCACGUGGCCGUGCACCGCCUGGACCUCGCCACCCUCUACGAGGUGUCGGGCCGCGGCCCCGAGGAGGCCUGCAUCCAGUUGUUUCAUGAAGUGUGCCGCAACCUCCCGGCCAUCAUCUACAUUCCGAAGAUAUCGCAGUGGUGGCAUCUCGCCCCGGAGAGCGUCCACGCAAUAUUCUUGUCGCAGGUGCAGAAUCUCGACCCCACGCUGCCCAUCUUGCUGUUGGGGACUUCGGACGUGCCCUACUCAUCUCUUCCUCGGCAGGUGGUGUGUUCGCUCUUCAGUCAGUACCGAGGAGAAGUGUUCACGAUCCAGAACCCUCCUGCUGCGUCUCGGGAAGCCUUCUUCGCUCCUCUUCUGCUGGUGGAGUCUAUCAGGCCGCCCAAGCUACCAAAGAGGCUAGAACCAAUGGAAGAACUGCCAUUGGCUCCUCCACCUCAGCCACCAAAACUGAGCGAGAAGGAAUUGCAGGAGUUGUACGAGAAGGAAGAAGUGUCGCUCAGCGAACUUCGAAUUUUUCUGCGACAAAUCUGUGCAAAGUUGGCUCGCAAUAGGCAAUUCUUCAUGUUCACAAAACCGGUAGACGUGGAGGAAGUACCAGACUAUUUGUCAAUUGUAAAGGAACCAAUGGAUUUGGAGACGAUGAUGACCAAAAUUGAUCUCCACCAAUACACUUGUGCCAAAGACUUCCUGGAUGAUGUUGACUUGGUGUGUCAAAAUGCCCUGGCGUACAACCCAGAUAGGGAUCCCGCGGACAAGCUGAUACGCCACCGCGCCUGCUCGCUGCGCGACACCGCCUACACGCUCAUCAAGGCCGAGAUGAACUCCGACUUCGAGGAGAAGUGCCGGGAGAUAUCCCGCAGCCGCAAGCAGCGCGCCGUGUCGCCCAUGAGGUUCGCCCCCGAGUUCCUGCGGACCAACAUGCAGACUGCCAACUUGAGGGCUGGCAACUACCAACCCGUGCAAACUGACGCUAGCAAACAGUCCAGCUCGGAGCCCUCAAAGGACGUGGACACAUCGCCCAACCAGCCGGUUGAGAACAAUGCCGCAACUUCACCAGGUGCGAAGAAGUGUGCGUGGAGGUUUGGGGAGCAUUACCGGACCAAGAGACGCAAGAGUUCCUUUUGGGCUCGAGGCGAGCUUGGCUGCAAGAAGAAGAAGCCUCGGGCACACCCGAGCAAUACUUCGGAGAACACAGCGCCGGUUUGCAUUACGAUCAAGGAAAAUGGUAUAGAAGGUUCCAAACAGGAGAAAUACUUGAACAUUCCAAACGGUGUGAAGGUAGAAGUGAACCAUGAUCUUAGUGCUGAUGGCAUUACUGAUCCUUUAAAUGGUAGAUACCCUAAUGGAAGUUUUCUAUCCUCGAAUGGAAAAGGAAAGAACAGGUCACCACUUGGAACUGAUGAAGGUAUUGCCGAUAGAAUAGCAUUCUGUGAUCCCAAGUCUCCCACGAAUGACAGACUUAGCUGUCACGAAGAUGCGGCGGACGAGUGGAGUUCUUGUGACGAGGCAACUAGUCAAGAUGAUCCGUCCCUGAUAAGGUGCGAGAUCACGAGGCAGGAGGGAGAAGCACAGACUGAGUACUGGAGGAGGCGGGUGGAAGUGAGUGCGGAGAAGCUGAAGCAGCUGCUGUCCCAGGCUGUGAUCCUGACUGAGAACCGUCCCGUGGACAUGCUGGUGGAGCUGUACGUGCAGCUCAGCAAGUGUGUGACGCGACACAGCCGCCUGUGGGUCAGGACGGAUCUUCCUCAGGAACUACAAAGAGAAUUGUUAAGAUUUGUAGAUCACAACACUGCCAUGAAUUCUAAUUCUUAGAAUAAAUAAUUAAUAAUUGAACAUUUACGAAGUGCUCAAGACUUGCCUGCCAUUUUAUAAACUACAACAUUAUUUACUUUGCCCAAGUCUGUGAGUUGGUCAGUAUUAAGCCAAAGCACCUAUGACGAGAGACGUUUUGAUAUUCGUCAUACGCUGCCUAGUUCUAGAAUUUUAUCGGUAGUCAUGCAAGUUACCAGUUGAAAAUGUUUCUUAGGAAAUGACUGUAUGCUAGAGCUAAAUUAUUUAAGUUCAGAAUAUCUUCGGUUAAGGAGAUUUAAAUAUGGUCUCAUUUGUAGAAACUGUGUGCUGGUAGCAAAACCUUUUCCCAGUCUAGAAUCAGUUUUGUAAUUUUUCUUUAAUGUUUUUCUAAACUUUUUAUUGUAAUUUAUGUUUUCAGUGGUAAGAUUUUUGUGCUUUAAAAUUAAGUUGUGUGUUUGCUGAAGAGAUUGACCAAGAAAAAAACAUUAAGAAUUGUAACUUUCUUUUAAGCCAAGACAGCAAGCAGCUUGAAUGAUACUGUGGCACUAAACUUUAGUAUACUCUAUCAAUAUUUUCUCGGUUUAGCAAUUUUAUGGUAAUUUGAGAAUAAUUGCAAGUGCAGUUAUCCUAAGAAAUAUUUUAAUGCAGUUAUUUAGUAAUAAAAUAUUGGUUUAUACUUUGUAUAACAUAUUGCAGCCUUAGCAUAAAAAUUUAUUAAUUGAAGUGAUGUCAAAAUGAUAUUUAUGAAAUAUUUGAGUGAAUACAAGUAGUUUUCCAUUCUGUUAUAGAUUAUUUAUCAUUAUAGUUUGUAGUAUAUUUUGUAUGUUCUGUGUUUCUUCAUUAGUGUGUGCUGUCAAAAUUAGUGUGAUAGGACUCUUAACUUUCUUACACUAUUGUAAAUUUUCAGUAAUGUCAAUUUUCUUUUCCUGAUUUUCUUGUGUUUAGCAUUUAUUGCAAUUAAAAUGGAACUGUUAAUUUAUUUGCUUGGAAAGCUGCAAGUAUUUUUAAUAAACAAGGUCACAUCUCAAAAUGGAACUAUUUUCAGAUUUACUGAUUAAAGAGUGACAAGGUAUACAUACUGUAGUACAUGGAUUCAACUCCUUUGAAAUGUGACAUGGAAGAAUAUUUUGUAUUUUUCUGUUAAAAGAGUUUCAUAGCUCUCAUAACUUGAUCUCUUAAUAGAAAGUCAUUUUUUUUAUUAUGUAGUGUAUAAUUAUAUUAAUGCAUAUUAUUUGUGGAUUAAGGAGUUAAUGGAAAAAAAUAAUUAAGGUUGUGUUAUGCGAUGCAUCAGUCCUUCAGAUAUGCCAUUUUAAUUUGAUAAUUAUAUUGUGCAAUUCACAUUUUAAAAUUUUUCUUAAAAUAUAAGAAGUUAUUUAUGAGGGAACUUUGUUAUUAUGUCACAAAAGAUAAUGCCGUGAUAAUCACUUCAAAGCUAUUUUUAUUUUUCAACAUAAUCACCACCAAUAUUUAAUCACUUAUCAUAUUGUUUUACAGUGCCCCAAUGCCAUCUGCAUAAAAUUCUUAGGGUUUCUGUCUUGGCCACAUCGAACACCUUUGCCAUUUUGAAACUCAAAUGACAUAUUCUUGCGAAUGCUACCUAGUUAAUAUAAAAUGAAUAUUAUUAAGUUGGAUGAGACUGCCAUCCACUAACAUUAUUGCUACUACCUGAAGAUAAGUCAUUACAAUUUGUGACUUACAUAAUGAAUUUUCCCUUGUACAAUUUGAGCAGAUAUAGGUAUAAGUAGGUAGGUAUAAGUUUAGGCAUUUUAGAAGGUAACAUUCAUGAGUAAAGUAAGGCUGCAUAUUGUUUUAGCAGUACUUGCUGGUGACUUGUGUGAGCGUUAUAGAAAAUGGGAAGUUACUUGUCUUCCACUCGAUAGUCACAAUGGUGCAAUGAUGAAGUCCUCCUCUCUCUGAGUGUUCUCGGUUUGAUGCCCGUCAGAUCCACGGAUGUUGCUGCGUGUGGGUGCAAAUGCUCGUCAUCUUGACUCUACCAUUAGCAUUCUUUCGUAUCUUGCAGCAGUGAAAAUGUAUUUAGAACACUAUUUAAAUAAAAGUUUCUAUUAUAAACGUAUUGUGUUAUAAAGUGUUUUUGCAGACUUAGGAUUUAACAAAAUUUGGCACGUUUUGUGCUGUAACAUAAAAAAUGCAUAAAAUUGACUCAUUUUUCUAUCUAAGAACAUGCACGUCACUGCGAUAAAUUUGCUGUUAAGAAAAAUGUGAAGUUAUGUUGGUGAAAUAUUUUUUUUAGUGUCGGCUACGGCUACUAGGUAAGUUGAAUAAUUUUUGAAACCCCACACCAAUAAUUGAAAUGGGCCGAGACUAAAACUCGAGCCAAUGCAAACAAGUAGCUUCAUCUCGACUCGGUUCAAAAGUUGAAUUCAUAUACUUGACCUGAUGAGACUAGAGACAGGCCAGCAGAAUGUCAUAGAUUAGGUAGUAACACAGCAAACAAACUUGAAGAAGAAAUCAUGAAAAACCAAAAUUGAUGCAUCUUAUAUUUGUAUCUUAAGUUUGCCUGUGAUUCGAUACUUUUUUGGUUUAUGGUUUUUCAAGGGCGCAGUGUCGUCCAGAUGAACUGUGGCCCAAUCACUAAAGCAACAAAAAAGGUUAAUGUUUUUGGAUUCUCGUCUAACGUGAAAUGAAUUUGCAAAUUUUUCCAGACACUGAUGAUAACUAUAACAAAACAUAUAACAGGGCGGAAGAAUUAUUAGAGCAGACACUUUACCAGUCUAACGUGGACUACCUCAGUUUUAAUAGAUUGAAUUUUAAUUAUAUUAUUUUAAUAAAUAAUUGAAUGCAUUAAAACACUGACAAUAAAGACUUUCAAAUAUAAUAAAAUAUUUUUUCUCUUAAUUAUAAAAUAUAAUCAAUAACAUCUUUAAGAAAUUAAUGGACCUUGCAUUAAAAAUCAUUUUACUUUCAUUGUUUGAGAUAGCAGAUAUGUUAUAAUACCAAUAAUGUUGUUAUUUUUAUUUUUGGAUUAUUUGAAAUUAACUCUUACUCUGUUGUAAGUGAUUGUUUAUAGUUACAAGUUUCCUUAUUGAUAUUAUUCAUCACUGUUAAGAGAAGUUUUAAACUGUAAUAAAAAUAGUCUACUUCUUUAGAGCAUGCUGUUUUUUUCUCUGCAUAAUCAUAAUUCAUAAGUAAAGUAAACAUUGUAAAACAUACAACAGUUUUGACAAUGAUAUAAUAACACAAUAUUAACAUAAAAAUUACAAUCCUAACAUUGCUAAAUCUUUUGGUAUUGCUGUCAAAAAAAAAUAUUUCCAUGAGAAAGAGACCCAUUGGAGUUAACUGAUCAUGAAUAAUUUGGAAAAAGGUUAGUUCAGUAGGAGUGGUAGGCAAUUUAUUUUGUUACCGUUGAGGAAUAAAGGUGCAAAUAUAUAAGUGCGUGUGUGUGUACACACACAGACACACACACACACACACAUCAAUAUAAUAUUGUGUGGCCAAAUUUUGUGCAACAAAAAAUGGAAGGGAAAAAAUCUACUUGUUAAAUCCCAAUAUUUUAAAUAAUAAUUUUUAAAAACUUUAACCUUUUUUUUUUCUCGUGUACAAAGAUGUUAUAUCAAAAAUCUUUACUAAUUUUGUGAUUACCUUUUAGUAUUGAGUACAUACGAGGGUUACAUGUCAAAAUUUACACAACAAAGUAAUUCCCAUAACAAUCCUGGCAUUUGCCACAGUGACUUUGAGAUGCCUGGCAUUGAAAUAAAUUUAAGUUUUACCAUUAAAUUUAAUUUAAGAAGUUAAUUUUUGUGCAUUUUUCAUAUGAAUACUAAUUAGUAAUAUCCAGCAAAAAAAAAAAAAAUUCCAAAACUGAUUGGGAAGUGCUUUCAAAGUUUUAGGUACAGAUUUUGCAGUUAAUCAAAUAGUAUUGAAAACCCUUUUCAAUUUCAUCUUUUUAGACCAUUGUCCAUACUGUUAUAGCUAUAAAUGUGAGUAAUGUAACUUUCACCUCUCGCAUUCAAUGAUUAUUAUAUUUAAAACAUUGUAAAAGCAAGAGAGUUAGUUUUUGCAUUGUAAUUUUACUGUGCCAACUCUGACAGAUUUUUUUUAAAUUUGUCAGACUCUACAUCUCAUUAGUUAUUAUUGCUAGAGACCUACCAUUUCAUGGUAUAUUUGCUCACUAGGCUAAAUUUUAUAUUCCUGUUUAUAGAAACUAGUAAACCAGUCAAAAAUAUUUUUUGUUCGUGUGUCUAUUAGAAGCAAUUUUAUCUUGUACUAGCCCGCUUAAGAUACACGAACGCGGGUAAUAUAAUGUUUUUUGCUCAUGCCAUGUUAUAUCUUGUUAAAAAUUUUGUAAAUUAAAUUUUGCAUUUUUUAUUUUUUAAGCUUCCAAAUAAAGCAUUUCGACUAUCAAUUUAAUAGUGUGCACAAUAAUAGAGUCAUAACAUUAAUCAUUUAAAAGAAUAAUUUUUUGGUUAAAUUUUCACUAACCAAUAAUCAUACAUUCCAAAGUAUGAAAACUGUUUUGGCGAUAAUACACUUUAUGUAAUCUUAACUACACCUUUGCACAUGGGGAUUUGUUAUCUUAAAUUUUUCUUAUUUUACAGGGACCCACAACCAAAGUGAAAAGUUUGUUAGGUUAUGUCACCUACAUUAAUAAUUUUUUUUUUUUAAUUCUUCAUUAAUAGGUAAAUAAAAAUGUAAUAGUUCACUAAUAUAGCUAACAUAACCAACUUUUGACUUAGAUUGUUUCCCUUAUUUUCCAUAAGCCACUUUUCUGCAGAAUGACCAAAAUAUUUAACGUAGUAUUUCUAAAUAAAUAAAAAAUUAUACUAUGAAACAUAGACGAUAAAAUUUUUAUUAAAUUAGCCCAGUUGGUACCAGUUAGAAACUACAUUAAAUGUUAAUGUUUUAUGCAAAUGAUAUUUUGUGUAAAAAUUCAAAAAUACUAACACUGAAUCACAAAAUAGGCAAGAUUAAAUGUUCUAUGAAAAAAAUUUGGAUAUCACUAGUUUUCAUAUUGUGUAACAAAGUUCAGUGAAAUAUACUCGUCGUUUCGCAAUGGAAAAAAUUCACCACAUAACUUACAUUCUGGUGAUCUUUACUUCAACUGAAUUUCUAGGUCAUGUUAUUGGUAGAUAAGUAAACUCUACAAGAGAAGCUAAGUAGAGAAUGGUUGAGAGCAGCCACAGACACAAAUGUCAGUCUCCAGGCCAGGCGCUUCAGUACAUUACUUGAAGCUUGCGUAGCUCGCGGAGUCAUUGCUCUUUGCUCUUGUUGAAUUGUAUUUUUAUGCUAAAUAAUAGUACUUUUAUACCUGGUGUUCAUGGGGUGAAAUUAAAUUUAGUUCUGCUCAAGCUAACAAUUUUUAAUAUGUUCUUUAAAUGAUUGAUUAAAAAUAAUUUCAUAUACGAACACCAUUGAAUAAAACCUCGAGACUGGACAGGAAACAUGUAUACAUAAACACUCGGAGAACAAAGCCUAUAUGAGCUGAUGUGAAAUGUUACGUGCAUCAACGGUGCGGAUAAAAAAUUUUCAUUUUUUAAUACUCUACUUUUUCCAGGCAUUAAUAAGAGUUUAGUUACCUCCCCGUAGAUGCACCUGUGUGCAGUUGACACUGCUUGAACCACCCUGGCAGUGAACCGUCACCAGUCAAGACGCAGCGUUGCAGUAGUUGAGACAUUGCUAUGGGGGGAAGGGGCAGAGCCCCGAUCCAGUCCAGGGGAUGUCCAGUCCAAACUGAGAUAAUCAAAAAUUUUAAGGCACAAAAUAUUUACACAGUGACAAUAUUCUCAGGUUUUCUGUUAACUCACAUAAUGCUCUUCCUCAGCGGUUCCCAAAAAAAGUUUUUUUUUUUUCCAGGUAACCCUAUGAUUGACUUUUCUUUUGGCGGAACCCCAACGCCUUCAAAGAAAUAUAUUUAACAAUAGUCGUGCCUGCUUUAUAUGAAACUAGUGACCCUAAUAUAGCUUUUAAUUUUGAAUGUUCAAAAAUCUAAAAAAGAUAGAACAAAUUUAAUUUGUAUUAAUUUGUAUUGAAAAUAUGACACAGAAUUGCCCAAAAAAAAUCUGUUGAUCCGAUAGCUACCAAACUUCACAGGAUCACCCACUGGGUUAAUCUGAAGAUUAUUUUAAAAUUUCACCAAAAUCGGUCCAGCCGUUUUGGAAUCCGUAGGAGUCCGUAGGGAACAUACAUACACACAUUGAUAUAGCUAGGUCCUGACUCGCGGAACCCCUGUGACCGUGCCCCAGGGUUCCGUGGAACACCUUUUACCUGCACGAAACUACUUUUUUAUAGUGAAUGUUGCAGCAGCAACCCAUAUAUGUUCCUAUUGUCUCUGGUCACAAUGCUGCCCGUAGUUUAACUGAAAGUUUGGCUUGGCAAGUUCAUCAUUUUUGUACCUUAGUUUAGGUCAUAUUCGAAGGUGCACUUGAAUUUAGGCAUACUAAUACACUGUUUUAUUUGAACGUAGAGCAACAAGCGAGAAAUACUGCCCCAGUUUUCUUUUUCCCGGCAUUCAUGGAUGUGAUGCAGGUGGCUACAUUAAGCAAAAACUAUAAAUAUCAGGGAAUUAAUACAUUUCAGAAAUAAUUUUGAAAUAUAAGUGAUAUCCUGCAAUUUAAAGAGGGAAAAAAUUAUACAUUAUGUAUUUGUUAUUUUGUUUUACUAUUACUUCAUCUAUGUAUCUCUUAAAGUGUGAAAAUAUUGCUAAUAGUUUUUUUUUUUUUGUAAAAUUAAAAAGUAAAUUGCGAUAGGUGUAUAUGUAAAGCAAAUUGUGUGUCAUGGUAGUGUAUAUGAUAAUUUUUUUUUAAGAAUAAUAUUUUUUAUUUCAGUCUUUUUUAUCCAUAUACUAAUUAUUGUGUUGGUUCAAGUUUGGUUAAAGCUAUGGUGGUGGUAGCCGGUAGCCACCCUAGUUGUCUGCUGGUUGGUCCUCUCAACUGCUUAACUAAUCAUGGUUGAUGUUCGUGACAUCUGUUUAUUGAAACUCGUGCGGUGUCUGCUGAGAUGUUUAGUACUGAUAGUAUCGUUCUCUUCUGCCUCGCCUACCCUAAAGAAAUUAGAUAAAAUUGUGGGUAAAAUGAAGAAGGUAUGUAGGUGUAUCCAGGAAGCAGAGUGGCAAAAUUUUACAACACGUCAAAAGAACACCUUUUUGUAUUAAAAAAUGAACCAAAAUUACAAAAUUGUAUGAUAUUAUUCUAGUAAAAGAUAUUUUGGAAUAAAAAACUGGGUAAAUUUGUAAACUUCACUAGUUUAUUUUGAAAACUCUGAAAUAACUAGGAAUUUUUCAAGAUGAUAAAAUAACGACCUUCAUAUUUUUUUAAAAAUGAUUUCGCUGUAGUUAAAACCAUUUUUAAUACCACUGCAAUAAGAUAUUAUUUGUGUAGUUAAGUAGAAACUUUGCAUCUUGCCUGUGUGAAACUCAAGGGCUCGCAGAUAGUGUGAUUCAUGACUAUAUUACUUUCACGCCAGUCUCAUUCAUCUGCACAAACACAGUACCAGUCAGUGUCAAUUACAUUAUGUCGACUUAACACAUGUUUUUCAAAAGUUGCUUUUGGGAUUGUUUGGUUUUGCAAGAAUGCUCUAUAUUUUCUGGUUUGUUACUUACGAGAUACAACUAUAGUGUUGCUCUAUAUGAACUAUGAUAUUUUCAACUAGUAAAACUUAACUAGUGGAAAUUCAUUUGUCAGAUAAGCUAUUGGAGGAUUUAAUUGAAGUUCCUAUGUAACACUGGUCCAUAUAGAUAGAUAGGUAGUGCUCAGCAAUAGUAAAAAAAUAUUUAUGUUAUGUUUAACAAAUUUAUAAAUUUUUAUUAUAAAGUAUUUAGACAUUUUUUUUUAGUCUGAAUAUUGUUUUGUGUUUUAGUUUGUUGUAUUAGAUAAUGGUGUAUUUGAAGGAUUGAUGCUGCAGUUAAAUAUUUUACUUUAUACAUAAUUAAGUACACUAAAUUUAACUGCCAUUAUUCUUUGUAUAAUUUGGGACUGUUCAUUUCUUCACCAAAGAUCAGAGUAAGCAUUGUUGAUCUCAACAUUAUUUUAUAACUUUCUGGAAAUACUUUUGCUGCAGUUUACUUUUUAUUGCGUGUAGUGAUGUAGAUGUAAUUACAUUUGUUAGCUGUAAACAUGAACAGUUAUAGGAUUUAGUAUUAGUUUAUUUGCCUUAAUUUUUGUGAUAUCAUAUUGCCUAGCAGUAUGGGUAAUAGAAGUUAGCUCAGGUUAAGAUUCUUAAUUAAUUACGCGCUUGUGACCUGGCUCAAGAGCUUGGAAUAUUUUGAUAGAGGUGAACGUUGAGCCCGGUAAUUAUUUCUUACUACCCUUCUCUUCCCCCGUCAGCCACGCAGAUUCCCCGGGCCAAGUGAUGUGCCUCAAGUGUGACUAAACACUUUCUCGCUGAUGCAGAUGUGAAUCCACAUCUCGAUACCAACUCUAGGCUUGUUCGGCACAGAGCAACUCCAACACUGUUUGCGAGAGGGAACGCUCAAGUUCAAAAAUGCAAUUGAAGAAACUUCCCAUGCACAUUUUAAUAUCUUUUAGCCAUGACAAAUUUUUUUUGGUGUGUUCUCACUGUGUGGAUUUCAUUAGUGUUUGGAAAUUGUGAGAAAAUACCCUUAAAUGUGUAUUUAGCAUAUCAAAAGCAAAAGGAAUUACUUUAUUAGAUUGUGGUUCAGUGUUUAUGAUAGUAAAUAAGCUAUUGUAUUUUUUUUUUUAAUUUUAAUGUAAUUUAAUCUUAUAUCUUGUUUUGCAUGCAUAUUUUUGCCUUUUAAUAAUUCUGCUGCAUUGGCCAGGGUAUCAGAUGUAAGAAAAUUUAUUGUGUGGUAAGUUAUGAAAGCUUGAAUGUUAAUGUCAAAUUUAAAACCAUUAAAUUUUAUUUGUGUGAAACCUUUUUGAUUUGGAUAGGUGGGACGGACUAACAAAGUUAUUUCAUUUAUUGUUGAACUUAUUCUUUGGAAAUGCUCUUGUAAAUUUUCUAUAUAAUACAAGGUAUUUGUUUGUGCCACAGAAUUUGACUUCAAUAUGUCAUUUACCCUCUAAGCUUACACAAGUGUGUCACAUUUUUCAGCAUAAUACAAAUGCUAUAUGUGUAAAUUUGCAUUAUAUUAAAAGGAAAUACCAGUGCUUUAUUGUUCUGACGUAUCUAUGCCAUUGUGUGGAAAGAUGCAGAUAUUUGGUUUUGUGUGAGCCUUGACGUGAAUAAUUCACAGUGUCUAGGGAUCACGGAUGUCAUGGAAAGUCACUAAAUAAACAGUAACUCAGCUGAACUUUUAUUUUUAACAGCAUUUUAAUAACUUUUUUUUUACUUCUUGCUUCAGUUUGAGUUGCAUAUGAAAAUAAAUAGUUUGGAGAUAGUCCACUUAAAUCACAUGAAAACGAUGUGUGAAAAGGGUGUGGUUUUCUAAUUUAAAGUUUGGUACAUUUCUAUGAAUAUAAUAUCGAUUUUGUGUCCAAUUUUCAAAUUUUUUAAUUUUCCUAUUCUAUUAUAAAAGAAAAGGCAUUGUGUUAUGAAAAAUGUAAGAUAAUUUUAUUAAACUGUCCCAAAAAAUUUCUAAAAAUUGAUUAAUCAGGUGUUUUACACAUCCUUAUAGUUGAUAGUUAUAGUUAUAGUUAUAGUUAUAGUUGAUAAUGGAUGCAUGUUAGUUUUGACCUCAGUGAUGUGGAUGAUUUAUGUGUUUAUGACUGUCUGUCACCUGUUUCGUUUAAAUUAACACUUGAUAGUAGUAACACUAACUGAAUAGUGGUGUAUAUUCUAUAAAUUCCAGAAGUAUCUACUAGUUUAUAAACAUAAAAACAAUUUUUAGUUAAUUAGUUCAGUAUUUACUAUUUUAUUUUAAAAAAAAAUUCCAAAAUCACUUUGAAGGUUGGUAACGUAUUUUUGGUAGCAAAAACUUUCUUCACUUUUCCCCCACCAAAAUUGUCUCCGUUACUCUGAGCUUUACAACUCCUACACCCGGCCCGGUUUAGCAUAUCUUAAGCCCAAAAUCACAACAGAAAAUUUAAUUAAAAUGUGCAACAUUUAUGACUAUAAACCCUCUCUGUAGGGUGCAGGCCAAAAUCAAAUAAAACAAUACUGGGCAUUUAAAAAUAUGUAACACCUUUACAAUUAAAUUUGAAGGUAGGAUUUUGGAGUAGCAUUUCUAAAGUGUUUGUGGAACUUUUUAACAAUUUUAUUUUAUUACUGAUCUCUUUCUCACAAAUUUCAAACUCAUUUACAACAGUUUUUUCUUGAGUCUUAAAAAUUGACAGUGAACAGGGUAUUGCUAAAAAUAUUCUUAUCACAAAAAAAUUAUGAAAAAAAAAUUAUAAACAAACUACAAUAAAAACAAUACUCUGACCAGCUAGUUUACCAUAUUAUUUGCUGUUUCUUCACGCGACCUCAGUUACAAUUCCUGGCUACGCUUCCAGACUCAAUUAAAUAUAAUACAUUAACUCACAAUAAAUCCAUUUAAUAUGCCGAUAAAUAUUUUAUAGUUAUGCUAGUCAUUUACUAAACAAAAUGGGAGCUCCCAAAUUUAUUUAUGCAAGAUGUCUUGUGCAAACUACACCUACAUUCUCAUGAAAAACUAGUUACAAUAAAAAUUACAAUAUUCCUCAAAAGUCCACGCUCAAGGGGAAAGUCUGUAGUUCAGUGUGCUCACUGAAAUUUAAUGGGGGUGCCUCGCUAUUUACUUCGCAACUUCACUGUUGGUUGCCAAGGCAAACCAGUCUCUCGUAGCCAUACUCUCAAUCGUUUAUAAUCAGUCAAUAAACUUUUUUAUAUGCGCAUAUUACUCCGCUAACGGCAGCUUUUUUUACAGCAAACUAUUACACACAUAAUCAGUCACUGUCAAAUACGUGGUUCGUCCAUUAAUUUCACAUCGCUGAGUUCGGGAUUCCAAAAUUCUUUCUUGUUUCUAUCCUCUCUGCCUCUUACCUUAGCAUCAGCACAGCUCGGUCCUGCUUACGUACUCCAACGUAAGCCCGAUUCACGUAAGAGUUGGAAGACGUACGACGUAAUAGUCACUGCCGUAAGAUUUAACACCAUUGUAUCACUUCCAAUGUUAGCUUGUUACUGGCAGCAUUCCUGCAUAUCCAUGUAACUCUAACGGAAUAGAGGUUUCAAUAUACCAGCACCGUUUCCCGACCGGCGCUCGAAACGGUCCAGCUGCGGCAAGCGACCGCUGUCCAGUCCACGCCCUCUAGCGCCUAGCGUCGCACUCACUUCUGCCUCCCUCUUCCUUCUUGCAUAGACUAAUUAUUUUAAGUCUCUUUAAAAUAUGUCCAGCCAAUUUACCAAAAGGAAAAUACCUACUAAAAACAACUUCAUAAAAACUAUAACAAACAUUUUUGAACAAUUCAGUUUUAAAAUUGAAUCAGUUUACACAACAUUCUCAAAGCUCUGGUAGUCGUGGCCUUCGGUCAGAGUAAAUAAACCAUCUAAAAAUAAAAA